CGUGGAGCCGCCAGAGGGUAUCGAUCUUUUUGUGCCUCAUCGAACGAUUGUGGAGGCAAAAGGUGAAAAUUAUACAGUGAAUUAUUUUGUCUCACCUUCCCUCGUCAGUGCUGGUGGAGUGUUGGUUGCACUUGCCGAGGGUCACAGCGACUCUCAACACGCCCAUCAGGAAGAACCUCGGCCCAUUUAUGUUAAUGGUGUGAUGGGGUACAUUGACUAUGCGGAGAACUGGUCGUCUUUUGUCGCUAAGGUCCAUGCAAACAAAUGGAAGGCGUACAGCAUCUUUAACAUGACCACGCAAGAGGAGCAUAACAACCGUGUGAGAUAUGCGUACAAACCCACAACAAUUGCAAAGGGCAACAAGGUCUUCCUACUUGUGGGAAACUUUUAUCAGAAGUAUUAUCCUUUAUCGAAGAAGUGGACUAAAGUCUCACAGGGUCUUGGUUUGUUCGUGGGUGAGGCCACGCAAGAUAAAGUCAUCCAAUGGGGCGAACCCACCUUGCUUUUGCCACAGAUCGGCCUAUCUGCUAAACAACGUGGCCUAAAGGAAUUUCUAGGUGGUGGUGGCUCAGGCGUUGUGAUGGAGGAUGGCACGUUUGUGUUUCCUGUGACGGCGAGGAGGACAGGAGACAACGACUUUGUCUCCAUGAUCAUUUAUUCGAAGGACGACGGCAAAAAUUGGACGCUUCCACAUGGGAUGCUCCCCCCGCGGUGCACUGACCCCCUCAUCGUUGAGUGGGAGCGGGGGCAGCUUGUCAUGAUUGCCAAAUGCAAUUCGCUCUCCAAUGUGUUCGAGUCGAGGGACAUGGGGGCAACGUGGACGGUGGCUGUCAGGACACUCACACGCGUGCAUCCCAGGUUUUUACCAAACUCUUCGCGAACAGCUGAGGGAGUGGGGUCCCUCACCACUGCGACCAUUGCUGGAAAGAAGGUCAUGCUGUACACUCAGAAAGGGAUUCCCCCUGGGGAGAAGACGCGAGCCACCGCGCUCUACCUUUGGGUCACUGACAACAACCGCACGUUUCACGUUGGGCCCAUUUCCAUGGACACUGCAGAGAAGUGGACGUCUGAGCACGCUGUGCUAUACUCUAACAAUGCGUUGCACCUUUUACAACAGAGGAUCAGUACAACGACCAUAGGUCUCUUUCUUGCUCCCCUAACAAAGCAGCUGAAGACGAUCACAUCCGUCUUGGAGACUUGGGCAAAACUGGACUCCUUCCUCUCCAACUCGUCUGUGCCCACGGCCGGUCUGGUUGGAUUUUUGUCGGAUGCAUCUGGUGAAGGAACUUGGAACGACGCGUACCGUUGCGUGAAUGCAACUGUGACGAAUGCAAAGAAGGUCGAAGAUGGCUUUGAGUUCACGGGGUCCGAAUCAUACGCCAUGUGGCCCGUGAACAUGCGGAAGUAUCACAACAUGUACAGCUUUGUGGAUUAUGAGUUUACGCUUUUGGCGACGGUGAAGAUUCAUCAGGUUCCGAACGAGAGCAUUCCUCUGCUGGGUGCGGGCCUGGAGGACAAUGAAAACACAAAGUUUGUGGGGCUGUCGUACACCACAGAUAAGCGGUGGGUAACAGUCUUCAAUGGCACGACAACAACACACAACAGCACUUGGGAGCCGGGGAAGGAGUACAAAGUGGCGCUCAUGCUGCAGGACAACAAGGGCUCCGUGUACGUGGACGGCGUGCUUGUGGAGAGUUCCGACACACUACCAACCCGUGAGGCACGCAGGCAUGAUAUCACUCACUUUUACCUUGGUGGUGGCGAAAACAUCAGUGUGACAGUAAACAAUGUCUUUUUGUACAAUCACCCACUGAGUGAGAAGGAACUCAAAAAGGUUGACGAUUCCAAUGCUUCUGGGAAACAUGCAGGCGACAGCUCUGAUGCGUCUGAGCAACGUACGGGUAACAGCUUCGAUACCUCUUGGAAACGUGCAGGUGACAGCUCCGUUGCUUUCGACAACCUUACACGUGUGAGGCCCGAUUCAGGAAGGGGUGACGGCACGGUGCGUGGGUGUGUGUCUCUUCUGCUUCUGCUGCUAUUGGGGCUAUGGGGCUUUGCAGCCCUGUGCUGA